GGGCAGCUGGGAGUGGGAGUAGGAUCCACUCACCCCGCCCACUGCAGAGGGCACUACAAAUGCCUCCGCAGGACCUGCUGCUCCACAGCUUUGUGCUCCAGAGGACAUGGACACCAUGGCAGCCCAGCACCUUCUGCUCCUUGCUUGUGUGCAGUUCUGGGCUGCCCCAGGCCACUCCACGCAUAUACAAACCCAAAACCUCUUCAAGAACUCUCCCUCCAACACCUCGGCGAGUGCUCUGAGGAAGUCCGGUUGGCCCAAGGACUGCAGUGAGGUUCCUGCUGGCAGCCCCAGUGGUGUCUACAUCAUCCAGCCCACAGAACUCCACCCCAUCCCGGUGUACUGUGAGAUGAGCAUGGCAGACGGGGGCUGGACAGUGAUCCAGAGGAACCACCAGAGCACAGAGAUCACCUGGGCUGAGUCCUGGAGCACCUACAAGCAUGGCUUUGGGAACCUGCACUCCGAGCACUGGCUGGGCACCGAGUACAUCCAUCAGAUCUCCAAGCAGAAGGUUUACCAGGUCAGGUUUGUCAUCUGGGAUGCCACAAACAGUAUCAGUUUUGCAGACUACAGCCUCUUCAGCUUGGACGAUGAGUCCCAGGGCUACCGGCUGAGGCUGGGAGCAUACUCAGGGACAGCAGGGGAUGCCAUGGACUCAGACAAUCCCAGGAAAGUGCACAACAGCAUGAAGUUCUCCACAAAGGAUCGGGAUCAGGACACCUACAGCGGGAACUGUGCCUCCCGCUACCGGGGCGGGUGGUGGUACUCUGCCUGUUACGCUGUGCUGCUCAAUGUCAAAGGGGGCUUAACGUGGGGCAGCCUGUGCAAAGGGAACUGCAAAGCUUCUGCCAUCCUCAUCAAACCAGCUUCAUACCACUAGUGCACUUUCCCCCUCCUGUCUGCUCAUGACCCUGCUGGAGCCCACUUUGCUGGCUGGAGGUGAACAGGCUGAUUCCUGCAGCUCUUCUCUUUUCCUCCUCUCGUGAGAAGCAGCAGAGCUCCCUGCUUUGGUUCUGUCCUUUCACCUGUGGUAUUUAGGGAUCAUUAUUGGGACAAAUUAUAAAUGCUGCAGAUCCUAAGCAUGUUCCUUCUGGGGAAAUAACUGUGCUCAGAAAGCUAAAACCCUCCUGAUCCAGCAAGGUCCUGUUCUCCUUUUGCAUUGUGGGUGUAGAUGACCUCAGAAGAACAGUAUCAGUCAUCGCUAACUAACCUGAGCUAAGCUGCCUUCUGCACAACCUAACCAUGAACACGCCAGGUCCUUGCUGUAGUCUGGAUACAUCCUGCAGAAUAAAAUUGCUUUCAGAACCUGCA